AUCCGGUGGUCUCUUUAUGAGAUUGAGACCACUCAUUUCGACGCUUGGCUCUGUCGGUGGCGUGGGAUGCCUGCCGAACGGCAUCCUCGCGCCAGCUUUCGUGAUAGAAUUCUUGCAAACCCAAAUAAAUUCAUCGCACUCAAUCACAGGGGAAUCUUGUGGCGUCCAGACGCGAAGGGAAACGAUAACAGGAUUGUGGGUUCCGAUUAUGAUAACAGUUUAGGAAAAAAAAGCUCGAGGUAGCUGUAAGUCUUGAAAUCUGGGAAUCAUUCUGCUGGUAUUUCUCGAGCGUUGACAGAUGUGGAAGAAGAGCGGGUGUUUAGCGGUGAGUUUUUAAGAAGGUGAAAAGAUUAGAUUUGGAAAUUUCCAUGCUUCUGGAUGAGGACGAGUAGUAAGAGUACGCAGGAACUGUUUUCAAAGUCUCUGGCAAGGAAGUUGCAGCUCAUGUGAUUCGGAUUUAGUAUUGAGACUGUUCAGAGACAUCGGGGCAGUCUGUCUGAAGAUGCCCCAAUGGAGUACUCAAAGAUAUCAACGCAACUUUCGAAUCGUCUCUAUGGAGUUGAACUCACGAACAGCCAAGACCUAGACCAGACGUACUACUCAGCAGAUAUCUUCGCCUUGUCGGAUGCUGAACCGAAGGAGAGCCAAACCCUAGAAACGCAGCGCAGACUGUCAUUUUGGAAAAUGGCGUGGGAAGGAAGACCAUCUUGGAUGCGAACUGUUUACUCAGGGAAAGAAGCUCUGACAGGAUACUGUUUCAUUCUGCCUAUCUUGUUAACAGGAGAUAGCACCGUAAUGGAGAGCGUUGUCAAUGUUGCGACGUCCUUUCCCUUCGUCCUCAUAGGUCUCCGAGUGCCACGGAAGGAUUUUUCGACCACAAUGUACUCUAAUUCAUUGAUUGGAGUGGGAUUGGCUUCGACCCUAUAUCACACGUCCCGAGGAGAGGUUCGAAAAAGUACAAGAUGGGGGGAUUAUGCAAUGAUUGCAACUUCAACUUUGUGCAUGUCGUCGGCAUUGAAGAACGACAACAAGAAUUCUAGAGCUUUGAUGCUUGCCUCUAUCAUGAUGCUCCCAUUCCAGCCACUGCUUGUCACUGCCAUUCACACAAGUCUUGCUGAGGCAACUUUUGCAAGGAAGGUGAUAGAGAACCCAAAGCUUCGUGGAGCGCAUGCUUUACAUACGGCAUCAACUCUAGUUGGAGGUGCGCUUUUUGUUGCGGAUGAUAUUUACCCGGAUACACCAUACAUUCAUGCUGCCUGGCAUGUUGCAGCAGCUGUGGGUGUGAUGACCAUAAACACACUUAUUGAUUGACUGUUCGAGAGCUGUAUAGGAAUGAAACUUCUCCUGGUGAAAACAAAGAGAUCCAGAGCAAGUUUUGUUUUAUCCUAUACAAUAUUUGUCCGUAGUAGUUCGCAAACAGGGCUCGCUAGCAGCGAUUUCCUGAAAAUCCAGGCAGCUGGUGUAUUUUUACGUUGGAAUACUGGAACAUAAAUACUUCAAGCGAUUGAUUUUGGUACGUAGUCUAGGACAUAGUUCAAUAUUAUUAGUGAUUAUGAAUCUCUUAAAAUGAUUUUUACUGCACAGUGGGCCUGUAAUGAAUAUUGCUGCUCGUGAGUAGUUGGUGAUUGCAUGUCUUUCUCCAAUUGAGUUCGUCCCAGGACUAUCCACUCUGGAAAGCCCGGAUGUAGGGGUGUAACAAACGAGUAGUGAUUUGAGCAUAUUUCUUUGGAAUGGGGCCAAUAAAUAGUCAAUUGCGGAAUAUAAGCCGCAUAAACUGCAUUUAACGAA